AUGUUCAGACAACUUAUCCUCGCUGUUCUCCUCCUUCUCACCGUCGGCGAAGGUAAGAAGACGAAAUAGAUAGCCAUUAUAUUCCUCGCUUCAGUCUAUGGCGACGGCACCUACAGCUGUGGACCAAGAGGAAAGUAAGUAAACGUAAAACCCUUGCCAAUGCGUUUCAGAGGAUCGGUUAGAGUUCACGGGGGAACUCAUCACAAAAGCCAUGGCCACAAAAAGACAACUGGAAAGUACGAUUGGGCCACGGUCGGAAACCGUAUGUUGUCAAGAAAAGAACUAAAAACAAAUUUAUAUUUUAGGCUAUGGAACAGGAAAGAAGGACUAG